AUGUCAUUACGAUCGAAGGAUAUCGACGAUGAUGGGUAUGACCUUGCAAGUGACAUCGAUCGAAUGAUUCAAGUUGUAUCUGAUGAGCAUUCUGCCUUAUCGCUCAUACUGGCCAAUUUGGUGACUCGACGAAUGCGCGAAUUCCAAGACAACGAGGACGAUUUCACUGGCACUGGGACUGCUCCAACGGAUCUCCUGGAAAGUCUUAACUCAAAUAAUGCCGACGGAGUCAGCCAUGGAUUCCUGCGAGACAUAGCUUAUUCCAUGGAUCUUACAACCAUGCCUGACAGCUUGUUGGUACUGGUUCUCCCUAUGCUGCUGCAUGUUGAUACAAAACUUCCGAGCCCCGAGGACCUUCACGCUAUACAUGAAUUUGCUGAAGCAUCGUCAAUGCACCGAGAGCAUGUGGAAACAUGGUUGAGAUCUGAACCGGCUCAAAGCACACUUGAACAGGUUUUCAAGCCAUGGAUGAACUACUACAGCUUCAAACCCGCGUAUCAAUGCAGGGAGGAGAUUGCGGCUUACAAAGCUAGCCGAGGCGGUGCUGGGUUCAACUGUGCGUAUGAAUUCGUGAAAGAAUGCCAAUGUACAAGCUGCCUCUCACUUCUCGGCCGACUUGGGUUGAUCGAUUUCAGGAACUACGACCAAAAUGGGAGAAGCUUUCUUCACGCAGUGAUUGAGGGCGGAGAUGUCGAAUGUGUAAUGUUUGUUGUCGCUAUCUUGCUGAAAGGAGGCGUGGAUCCUCGGCAUUUUCCCACGUCUAUCGAUGGGAUGUCUAUUCCCCACCAUGUCGCUUUAUUGCAUGACAAUCACGUCUUUAGGGGAGUCGUUGAGUUUCUAGAGGAUGCCGGCUACCCUCUAUCUGUGUGGAAUGAUGAUGGCCUCAAGCUCGAACUGUGCAGCUUCAUCACUGCCGAAAUGGCCGAACGGCUCCUGUCCAAAGGAUUCAAUAUCACUAAGCUCCCCAGAAACACACUACCAAUGUAUCUACCCAAGGAGGAUGACCCCGAGUACGAAGAAUCAGGCGAGGAGUGGAACCGCGAUGCAGAAUAUGGUGAUCCGAUCAUCCGGAACGGAGACUUCGAUCCCGAUAAUGACACGCUCGACCCAGGAUCGAUUCAAUAUGAUGCCGUUGGAGUCAAUCCCAUCGAACUUCAUCCUACCUCUCGAACCAUCUGGCACCGGGCAAUCGAGAACCCCGAAGGUCCACGAAUCCUUGACUGGUUGUUGGAUCACUCGUAUACCCAGCCAGGGUGUCGAAGCGACUUCGACCGAGACUCCGGUGAGACUGCUCUGGUGGCUGGGGCAAGAGGAGAACAGCCAGCUGGCAUUGAUUGGUUCUGUCAACACUGUGAUCCUAUGGAAGGGCGGGUCAGAAGUUCCCAGGACACUGAAGGCGAUGAGAGCACAGGCGCUUAUGCGUUACAAGUAGCAGCUCAUAGCCUGCGGCCACACUGUGAUAUCAUUUUCAAAAAGCUUUUGCGUCAUGGGGACCCGCAGAUUUACUGGGACGUCUCUAUGAUCAAGGGUUUGUAUUGGUUGAUUAUCAAGAAUUAUCGAGAUAUGUACCAAAGAUUGGAAGAUCACAAGGAGCCAGGCCGAGAGAGAGCUCAGCAAAUGGCUCUCCUUCGCUCACUCACUUCGGCUAAAACCCAGGCGCUGAAUAACAGACUGGAGCCUUUCUGGGAUACUUGGGGGCCGUCGGAACAGCGAAACUGGCUCAUUCAGUAUUGUGCGAUUCUUAGGUUAAAUUUCCUUGUGAAAGAGUUAAGUUCAAAUGAUUGGGAUCAUUCCGAUUAA